AUGGAUUAUCGAGCCCUUAAUCAAGAAACUAUCAAAGACAAGUUUCCAAUUCCUGUCAUUGAUGAGUUACUUGAUGAACUUUAUGGAGCUAAGUUCUUUUCUAAACUUGAUCUUAGAUCAGGUUAUCAUCAAAUAAGGGUAAGAGAAGAGGACAUUCUCAAACAGCAUUUAGAACUCAUGAGGGUCACUAUGAGUUCUUGCCAAGACUUUGGUGAACAUCUGGAGCACUUGAAAUGGAGUGAAGGCAAAUCCUACAAAGAUUUCUUCUAUGUUGGACUGGCCUGUUCCCAAAACAGUGAAAGCAUUGAGGGAUUUUUGGGCCUUACUGGCUACUAUCAAAAGUUCAUCAAGAACUAUGGUUCUAUUGCUGCCCCUUUAACACUGUUGCUGAAAAAGAACUCCUUUGUGUGGUCUCUUGAAGCUGAAAGGGCUUUUCAAGAGUUAAAAUAUGCUGUUGCAAGUCCUCUUGUCUUAAGACUUCUUGAUUUUUCUAAGGAGUUUACUAUUGAGUGUGAUGCUUCAGGGGUGGGGUUGGGAGCUGUAUUGAGGCAAGACAGCCAACGAAUAGCUUUCUUUAGUAAAGCCUUAAAGGGAAAAGCAUUGUUUUUGUCUACCUAUGAAAAUGAAUUCUUGGCACUGGUAUGUGCAGUUGGGAAAUGGAGACCAUAUCUGUUGGGUCAGUCUUUCAAGAUCAAAACUGACCAACAAGCUUUGAAGUACUUGUUGGAGCAAAGAGUGGCCACUGAGGCUCAACAUAAGUGGAUCUCAAAGCUCAUGGGUUAUGAUUUUCGUGUAGAAUAUAAAAGGGGUAGGGACAAUAAAGUUGCUGAUGCACUUUUCAUAAAGUCUGAAGAAGAUUCAGCUACAUUGGCUCUUAUCUCCUUUCCCACUCCUUUGGGGUUAGAAGACCUUAAACAAAGUUAUGCUUUUUCUAGUGAUAUAACCAAUCUGGUUGUGGCUUUGCAGCAAGGGAAAGGGAAAUUGGUGAUAGUUCCUUCAUCACCAUUUCAUGCUAAAGUACUGCAACAUAUUCAUCACAGCCCAGAAGCAGGGUUACUUCAACCCUUGCCUGUUCCUCAGAGUCCUUGGCUUGAUAUUGCCAUGGACUUUAUUGUUGGUCUCCCUAGUUCAAAUGGACUGACUGUCAUUUUGACUGUGGUGGAUAGAUUGACAAAGUUUGGGCAUUUUUUUCCAUUGGCUCACCCCUACACAGCUUGUAAAGUAGCUGAGCCCUUGUAUGGAAUUCCACCCCCUUGGUUGAUUUCUUAUAUUCCAGGCACUACUGCAAAUGCUAAAGUGGAUCAUCAGUUGAGAUCUAGAGAGGAGCUGCAGCCUUAUAGACAGAAGUCUGUGGCUAUGAGGCACAAUAUAAAACUGGCUCCGAGGUAUUAUGGCCCUUUCCAGGUCAUCCAGAAAAUAGGGACAGUAGCAUAUAAGUUGGACUUACCUUCUUCCUCCAAAAUACAUCUUGUUUUUCAUGUUUCCUCUUUGAAGAAAAAGCUGGGUGAUCAGAUCUCUCCUUUACCAACAUUACCACCAGUUGAUGCUGAAGGCAGUGUGCAACCUGAACCUGAGUUGAUUCUUGACAGAAGAAUGAAGAACAUCUCUGAUUGUGAUAUAGAUCCUAGACCUAGUGGAGAUGAUCGUCCACAAGGGGAUGUGGCGAAUGCCAAUGCUGUAGCUCCUACACCAGUAGGUACUUUCACCCCUAGAGCCACAUUUAGGGUAACUACAUCAAGAGCAGCUACAUCUUGUGCAAGUAGUAGACUCUCGCUCCCAGUAGAUAUAGAGGAUGAUGAUAUGUUCAACGAAGAGGAGGAGAUACCCAUUGAGCAAGAUUAA